GUGAAAAUUACGACAUAAUAAUAAAACGCACCGGUUUGUGUUGUUUUUCAGAAAGUAACGAAUUAUAUCAAUAUUUAGUUGCAGGAUGUCAUCUGGACUAAAGAAGAAAAAGGACACUGGCGGAGAUCCUUUAUUUGAUCUAGAGCAGCAGUUUAUAAUGAGAUUGCCGCCUACUGCAGCUGAAGCAUUGAGAAAGGAAUUAAAGAAUGAAAGUAUUUAUAUAAAGGACCAGCUUAAUAUAGAACUGCAGUCUGACUUGAGACGUGGGGCUAUCAGAUAUGGAAAUGAGUACAUUCCUGCUAAGAUGGUGGAUUUACCAUGUAUUAUAGAAUCACAUAAGACUGUGGACAUGAAGACAUUUUACAAGACUGCAGAUAUUUGUCAGAUGUUGGUACCUACCACUGAAGAAGAUAUCGCACAUGAUGAAAAUGAGACUCCUGCUAAUAAAAAGAAGGGGGAUAAAGACAAAAAGUUUAUCUGGAAUCAUGGUGUUACUCCCCCAUUAAAGAAUGUGAAAAAGAAAAGAUUUAGAAAAACUUUAAAGAAAAAGUACAUGGAUCAGCCUGACAUAGAGAAAGAAGUUAAGAGAUUAUUCCGGGCAGAUGCUGAAGCUAUAAGUGUGAAGUGGGAGCUAAUAACAGAAGAUGAAAAAGGGGCCACAGAGAAGGUUGAGGGCACUGGAGGACCAGCCCCAGGGGGCUCAUUCAAAAGGACAGAUACUGCAGCUAGUCUUGAUAUAGAUAUAUUCGGAGAAUUGAGUACCUCAGAUGAAGACGAUGAGAAGGAUGUUAAUAUAAUGGACAGUGAAGAUGACGUUUCUAGGCAACAGAAUUAUAUGAAAAUGGAAGACAGUAACUCACAGAUGAAGCGAGAUGAUCUAAUAAGUCUAGAUAGUUUUGUAUUACCUGGUGGCCAGUCCUUAGAAGAUUCACAAGCAUCUGCAGAUAUGCAGAUGAAGUUGACAGAUUUAGGGAGACAACUAGAAGAUAUGACACAAGACAUGAAGAAUGAAACACUUGAUGCUACCAAAGAUUUACUAGAUACCUAGCACUGAUACUGCCAGAGUAUGGAUAAGAGGAAAUGUCUACAUGAAUUACUUCACAGCGGUAUGUGCAUCAUUAUUGCAGUAGUCUAAACUUCUAAAGUUUAUUUCUAUUGUAUACAGAAAUAUAGAUUCUCACUCCAAGAUGGUGGAAGAGCUAUAUCCCAUGUAUAUUUCCAUGUUGAUGGAAUGUGUCGUAAAAGUUAAAAAGACAAGCACAUCAAAUACUUAUUGAAAUUGUUUUAGUGCACUAUUUUUGUUAAUUAAAGAACGAUAAAUAUUGUUUUUAUUCAGUAA